UCUGCAACUAAGGUUGAGAAAUUGCCGACCUAAUUGAUCUGAAGUCAGCCCAGUUCCCCGGGGCCCGCCAUACCCUUCCUGCAUGGUCUGCUCGCACUCCCAGAAACUGCUGAACUUGGAAUACUGCCAUCAGGCAGUGAGGCUAAAAUAAAAGUCUGGUCAUCCAAGCUGCUAGGACAGCUGACAGUAUUGUCAUUUGACUAAAGAAAAUGGAUCUAUUUCAGCUUUAUUCGGAGAAGAAACAGUCCAGUCACGGGAGGAGGAAUGCUAAAGAGGCUGGCUAUGCAGCUAUUGAGCUCUCGGCCACAGUGUGGGCCGGGCUGGCAGACGGGCUGCCCCGAGCCUCCGCAAACGUGGCCCUGCAGGUCAGUCCAUCAGUGUCGUCUGAAGACCUCUGUUGAGAGCCUGGGCCUUGGUGCCCGGCAGAACAAAGCAUCAAUCAGCUUACAAGUUGGCUGCUGAGAACCAGCCCGAGACCUCUGUUUGAGGGUCCUUCCUCUGAAGACGUCGCCAGUGUGUGGAGCCUGCCCCACACCCACCCCCUGCCAAACCACGGCCUUUACCUGUGUCUUCCGCUGUUUCCCCUGCGACCCGUCCUGUGGGAGUGCCUCGUGGGCUGCCCCGGAGUUCACCCCACGCUCAGCGGCGCCAAUGGUGAAGAUGACAAGGUCCAAGACUUUCCAGGCCUACCUGCCCUCCUGUCACAGGACCUACAGCUGCAUUCACUGCAGAGCCCACUUGGCCAAUCACGACGAACUCAUUUCCAAGUCGUUCCAAGGAAGUCAAGGACGAGCGUACCUCUUUAACUCAGUAGUUAACGUGGGCUGUGGGCCCGCAGAAGAGCGGGUGUUGUUAACAGGACUGCACGCGGUCGCAGACAUUUACUGUGAAAACUGCAAAACCACUCUGGGCUGGAAAUAUGAACAUGCCUUUGAAAGCAGCCAGAAAUAUAAAGAAGGCAAAUACAUCAUCGAGCUGGCACACAUGAUCAAGGACAAUGGCUGGGACUGAUCGGGAGCAGCCACCAGCCCCGUGUCCACGUGAACGCCAUCCAACUGACCAUUCUACCCAAGCGUGAGAGAGUGACUGAACACGUGGGUCCAUCCACGUGUGGGCCUUGCCCUCUGGGGCAUCCUCCCACCCCGACGCCGUCUUUCUGGUGACCGGCCUCUAAAUCGCUGUCUCUCUGUCUCUUUGCUUCGUAUCUGUUUGUGAGUGAUCCUGGCUUCUCUCUCUGUUCUAGUGUUGGCUGAAAACAAAACAGCAAAAGGAACAGAUGCCCGACCGCAUGGCGGCAGCCCACCUUGAUCAGGGCCCAGGGCCCAGGCUGAGCUGCCUGAUGGCUUCUUGUCAGGGGCGCGGUGCCCAGCACGGGGGUGUGAGCAGGAGGGAAAGGGGGGACCUGAGGGUUCCGGGGUGGGCAGGGACGGGAGGGUAGAGGUAGGGACAAAAUCGUGCUACUCCUGGAGACCUGGUAACUUAGGCUUGAAAUAACCAAGUUGUCUAAAAAGACAAAGAGGGGAAAAAAAAUACCUCAUGACCGCGUUCUCUCUGAUCAGAAGCUUCUGUCCCUGACACCAAAUGUGCCAGGUGAGCACGUGUGCAGCAGAGCGGCGCUAAUCCCAGCUGGCGGGGCAGAGGCCUGGUUCUCCUGGGCCAGGUCGGGGGUGUCUCGGUGGCAGUGAGUGACUCGGAGGAAAGCCCAGAUGGGUUUUGAUGACUCCAGAGCCCCACUGCUCCUCGGGGCCAUCCUCACUUCCUCUUCCUUCACGUAGGUGAGAGGAGGGGGACUACCCUUUGCAGUGGGUACAAAAUCCAAACAUCCCAAAGGCUUUGACCAGGAACCAAGUAAAGUCAGUAAUUGAGGAGAGCAGGGAACAAAGGGGGCUGCCGUUUGGGAGCUCCUGCAGAAAUGGCUCAGGUGUCGGGCCAGGAAAAACAAAACACCAAGUCAAGCUAGUUGGCAUUUCUGCCUGCCUGACCUUUUUCCUGACCCGCGAUAAGAGAAGAGCAUCCUGUCAAGGUAGGGGGUGGGGGCGGUGCUGGGACUAGCUUAGCUUUGAACCGUUACAGGUUCGGUGCGUCUUUCGUCUUUGGCAUGCGAUGGCUUCAGGGAGGUCAGCAAUUCUCUGUACAUAGAGUUUUGGGUGGUUUUCUCCCGUUCUCUCAUUGUAGAUUGUGGAAAACAAAGUCCCAAGGCUUUGAGCUUAGUGAUAGCUUGGCUGGUAGAUUCCUCAUGCCCCUAGCUGUUCUCCUUGGACUUGAACGUUUUGUGUGGAGAGAAAACCAGGGGUGGGGAGGGCUUAGAUUUGAUGUCAAAACGUCAAGUCACAAAUUUUAAUAUUACCCCACCCCUGCUCCUCACCUCCCGAUCCAAAGCUCAUUAUAUUCGGGGGAGUGGGGAACAAAUCCCUCUGAGGCUCACGAGAGAGGGAGGAGCAUGUUACAUUUAAUCAACACUGUGAAGUCUGUUUUACAGCAAUUCAGCCAGUACACGGCGCAUGACGGAAACUCGCUUAGCUGAGUUCAUUUCAUGGCUUAGACUGAAAACAUUAUUGUUCAGAUGUGUGUAGGUUAUUCCGGUAAUGCUCAGUCUCUCAUUCUGAUCCUAUAGGACUGUUCACCUUAGACGUCACAAAAGAGUGUGUUCAUGGAGACAAGAGUCUAUCAGAUUGAUUCACCGAGAUCCAAGCAGCCAACCCAGGACAUUUUCAGAACUGAACCAAAUUCCCAUGGGGAAGGGGUCCUCGGUAGAAAUGCCUUUUUGUGUCUCUGCGUGCUGACUGCAGGACGGGGGACCCGAGAUGGGCAUGGCCCGCCCUGCCCGUGAAGGGCAGCGGGACGGAAGCAGGGUAGCUCCAGGCUCAGCAGUAGGUUGCCUCUGUAGACAGAAGGAGUCUUAGACAUUGGAUUUUGUUCCCAAAGGCUUCUUGCCCACAUCUUUCGGUGCUUUAGUAGCCCUGUUCUCCCCACAGUACUGCAGAGCAGACUGAAGUUCAGAAAAAGUCAUGCAUCUCUGCUCCCAGAGAAGUAGUUCCUCUGGCUCCCAGGCACUCCCAGGCCCAAGAUCUAAAAAAAUUUUAAAAAAAUUUUUAACUUUCACAUUCCUCAGCUGGCUUGCCAGUCAGAAAUCAUGGAUUCCCCUCCAGCCCCCUGAAGGUAGUAGCCUUCAGUUAUGGAUUUUGAUAGACCCCUUGCUCGGGGAAUGUCCUGGCUAUUGUUACUCCUUCCCAUCAAAAGAAAAUGGGGGCUUAAACAAGGGCAGGUGUUUUGUUUUUUAAAAGUAAAAAUAUGUGGCAACAUAGAAACCAGACAUGGGGUGCCCUAGAAUUUUCAGUGGGCAGAGGAGACUGAUGUGUCCCUUGUUCUUCCUUGGGGACAGGGCCUCUGACUUGCACGAAUCAGAGCAGAGGUCCAAUAAGACCCUGGUUUGGUUUGGUUUUUUCAGUUACUGUCCAUUGAGCAUCCAAUGGGUGGAUGACGCCAUACGUGGCGUGAGAGAUCUGAGUAAGGUUGGUUUUUCCAAACCUACAGAAAAAAAAACCCCAACUCAUUAGGCUUUCCCUUUGUGUCAAUGAAACCAAAAGUGCUUCUUAAAACUUCAGCUCCAUUCAUGGCUUGUCUGUCUAACGUCUGGUGGUAUCAGAGAGACCGCCGCUGAGCAAUGGAGAUGCAUUAACGCAUGGCCUCGGUCGGGUCAUUCUUUAAUUUUCCUCACCAAAUUAUUGACUCAGAGCAUAACCAAAGACCUCAUCCAUUCACCCCUGGUAGGUUCAGGGAAUUAGAGUUCGAUGCAGAACUUAGGUGGGGUUGAGGGAGUAAGGAGGGGAAAGGGAGGAGUGAGAAUGGAAAAUGCCUGGGGUUCCGCGCCUCAGCCAGCACUGCCUUCGAUUUCAGCUGAAGUCCAGCCGCAGACCCUCUGGUUCCAUCCGAGGUCAUGCGGCCUGUGGUGGCCCUGGGUUACACCCCACCCCACCCUCGAUGUUAGUCUCAGGCUGCUGAUGGGCGGAUUUGACUCCAAUCAAAUUCAGUUUUCUAAGGUCACAGGUUGCCUGCUGGGCCUGACUGAGCACCGCCCCGCCUCCUAGGACAGCAAGAUCAUGGGAACAGGAGAGAGGACAUCUUUACUGGUGGGUCAGUGUGUGAAAAAGAGGCAUCCCCUUUAUAAAAAGAUUUUCAAGUGGAUAUAUAUAAAAGAAACAGUUGCUUGUGAAUAUAUACUUUUGUAAAUAAUAUUUAAUUUUUUAAAUAAUAUAUUUGGUGCUGUUUUCUCAGAUUCCCUGAGAGCACUUUUUAUUUUCAUUUUUAAAUUUUAUGGUUUUCUCUGCAUUUCUUGAAGUAUAUUUUAAGGGAAACAGUGAUCACCGAUGUAUUUUUUUUUUUUAAAAAAAAAAAAAAGAUCUCUAGCACAUUAGUCUGGAGGCAGUGAAGUGGUGCCUCUCUGUAACCCCAAUGGAAUGGACUCUACAGUACACUUUAGCAGGUUGAGAAUCCAAAUUCUUUUCUUGCACCAGUAUUGGCUAGAAAAUAAAAGAAAUAUAAUCAAGUAAAUUUAGCAACAACUUAGAGUGAAACAAAUUGGAAUCAUGUUUGUGUGUACGAGUGCGUGUGUGUGUGUGUGUGUGUAAAGCACUUUGCCUUGUGCCUCAUGUUUUCUUUUUUAUUGGGGACACUAUACCUAUGGUUUACACCUUGGGCACAUAAGGAUUUUUCUUCUCUUUCAUUCGAGUGGACCAGCAGCACAACCCUCGAGGGCCUUGUUUUCCUGAGCGUGGAGCUGUUGCCGGUUUAUCCCUGUUUCUUUCUUUGUGUGCUCAACUUUUCCAGACUAUAAAGGAAAUCUGUUGUUUGCGGAGAUCAGGCGGAGUCAAAUCUGUGUUUCUGAGAUGUGAGUGAAUUCAUCACAGACCCCAGGGCUCCAGUCGUGGUAGAAGCCACAUGUUAAAACAUCAACUGGUUUGGGUUGAAAAUAAUGCAGUAUAAAAUAAUGCACACGCCUCGUUGGUAAACAGCUGUUUUUUUAAAGGUCAGAUCGCCUCAGGUUCAGGAAAAGGCUGGGAAACCAAAUCUUGAACACAAUCAACUUACAUGUUUUUUUAAAAGUCUGCCUCAAGUGAGAAAACGUGCUAAUGGUCUUAGUAGAGGAAAGAGAUGUUUUAAUUUUUUAAAUUAAAAUACAGACAUGAAAUCUGCCAGUCGCGAAUGGUAAAGCCAAGAAGCAGCAAGCUCUUCUCAUUUUACCAAAUUUUAUCUCCCAGAUGUCUUUGUAUAACAUUUCAGUGAGAGUGAGAGUUCCCUUUCCAACCUGCAGAGACUAUCUUUGAAUACAGAAUCUGUUUAUGCUUGUGUUUACAAACUAUUUGUUGGGUUUGGGUUUUGUUACUUUCUUUUGUUUAUAUUUUUGUUGUUGUUGUUGGCAUUUUUCAGGUCACUUUGCUUUAAUAACAAAGAUAAUUAUUUUCAAAAUAAUUUGUCUUCACCUUUUCCUAUAUUUGUACAUAGUGAUUCAGUAUUAGAGAAAAGUGCAUUGUUUCUGUCAUCUUUCCAAUCUGUGUUGGUGCUCAUUUGAGGAAAUAAAGUUUUCAAAUAUUAAUUA